UUUUAAAAUCAGGCGUGUAUCACAUGUAGCUCGCUCUUUUCCUUCUCUCUAUCUGUGCCUUGAAUUACUCGCUUUUAACGGGCUAAACUUAGACUAAGAUAAUCCCAAGGAAUCUAUAAUGAUAAUGAGUUAGCUGUGGGAGGAAACCAACAAAAAUCCUGCAAGAGUUACACUCUCAACCACCUCCCACUGAGAUGCCGCUGGAGCCUGCAAAGCAACAGAUGGCUGAACAGCAACACCUUCCUUCAGAAAUGUGUGAGAAGGAGCUGGAUGUGGUGUCAGGGCUGAUGGAGCUGCUGUGCAUUGACUUGGAGGCUGGUGAAGAGGAGAGAAAAGCUCACAAAGACCAUGCUGCAUGUUCUAAGAAUGUACUGAGGAAGCAGAGACACUGGGAAAGGCAGCUGGCAGCCAAGAAGAGCAAACGAAAAGAAGAAAAACAGAGGAGGAGGUUAAAUCGGUCCCAGGAGGCAGGUGCUAAUGCAGACCCUGCUCAGUUUACCAAACGAGUCAUGAAGGCCAUUACUAAGGAGCGUUUAGCGGAGGCUCGGUCCACGGGGCUCAAACUCUGCGUGGACCUCAGCAUGACGAACUGCAUGUCAGACAAGGAGAUAAGCCGACUCGCAGGCCAGUUGAGGCGGCUGUAUGGAUCCAAUAAAAAGGCGACUCGGCCGUUCCACCUGUUCCUGACAGACUUGAAGGAGGACAGUCGACUCUACCAGGAGUGUGUUAGAAUGAAUGAUGGCUUCCUCAACUACAAUAUGGAAAUAACAGAGGAAAGCUGUUUAGACCUGUUCCCUUCAGACACUGUUGUCUACCUAACCCCUGAUGCUCAAAAAGCUUUGGAGACGGUGGAUGUUGACAAAGUCUACGUCCUGGGCGGCCUUGUGGAUGAAAGUAUUCAGAAGAAGCUGAGCCUUACAAGAGCCGCAGAGCUGGGCAUCCACACAGCCAGGCUCCCUAUAGACGAGUACAUGGUGAAGAAAAGCAACGUAAAGAAUUUCCACUCCAAGAUCCUCGCUAUUAAUCAAGUGUUUGACAUCUUGGUGACGUUCUUGGAGACUGGCAGCUGGACACAAGCACUGCAGACGUGGCUUCCUGCAGGAAAGGGUUAUGUCAUCUCACCGGGGAACUCCGAGCGUCUUCUUGCUAAAACACAGACUCUGCAGGAGGAGUAAUAAAUGUUGAGUGCUUUAUUUAUUCCAGAGGACGCUAUCCUGCAAAGACUCCUAAUGGUUACUGCUAGGAGUCAGUGCACGAUGAUGUAUUUAUGUUUCACCUGGAGUCCAGUUAUCAAGGCUGAACGUUUGGACAUUAGACCAAAUUUUGGUCUGUUUCCAGCUGUAUCUAUGACACCCAGUAGAACAGUUAGUUCUCAGCCAGCUGGAGAUUGAGUUUAAACUCAGAUUGUUGAUGGGAGAGAUUUGCAUUUUGCUACAGAACAAAAAAAGUCCCUAAUUUCUUAUUUUAUGUAUUUAAAAAGUACCUCCCAAAUGUUUGAUCUUUCUUGCAGUGCUCUUACGUGCCUUUCAGCAAGGCAUGUCCUUCUUUUCUACAGAGUGGCAACUUUUAUAGGCUUUUCUCACUCCCAGAGAUGUUAAUGUAGAGCUCUAAUGUGAAAUACUUAAUGGUAUUUGACAGGAAGUUCAGGGACUGACAUGGUCUUAUAACUUGUCCAUAAAGAAACAUGGCUUUAAGGAGUGAUCGUAGAGUUAAUUUUGAUUUUUUUACUUUACACAUCACAGUUUAACCCUUUCAUGCAGUGAAAAAUGAUUAAAAAUCAAUGUUUCCUAUAUGUGGAUUAUAUAAUUUUCACCUGACUUCAUUGGACAACUGUGAAAUAUUGGAAAACUUGUUUUAUAUUUAUAUAUAUAUAUAUAUA